GCCCGGAGGAGCCCGGAGUAGCAGGCUCGGGUGGGAGGAGGCAGGGAGCCGGAGGAAAAGAGGAGGAGGAGGGGGAGGACCCGGGGAGGGAGGCGGCGGGGCGGGAGGAGGAGGGGCGCUGCCGCCGAGCCACUAGCCCCGCUCGGACGCGCUUCUCUCCAGAUACUCCCGGAGCUCCAGCCGCGCGGAUCGCGCGCCCCCGCCGCUCUGCCCCCAAACUUCUGCUGCAGCUCCCUUUCGAGCCACCGAAUUUAUCCCUUAAAAUCAGGAACUGAACCGCAACCCGGGGAACGAGUCCGCGGAGGAGUAAAACCACAGCAGAGCAAGAAGAGCUCCAGAGAGCAGGCUCCCCGGAGCCCCAACUCCGCGCUGGGAGUGCAAAAACCAACAAGUGAGAAGGCGCUGCGUCCCCCGGGCGCAGCCGCGGGCGGCGGGAGGAGGAAGCCGGCGCCCCCGAGCCCCGACCCGAGCCCUCCAGCCGGAGCCGCAGUCGCUGCAGUCGCUUACCCCGCUCGGGAUUCCUCUGCGCGAGCCGCGCCGAGCGCCAGGCAAGGAGGCUUCGUUUCACCCCGGUUGCAGGCAAGCGGCGUUUGGGAGCAGCCGAUCCCUGGGGAAUAUGCGGCGCGCGUGGAUCUUGCUCACCUUGGGCUUGGUGGCCUGCGUGUCGGCGGAGUCGAGAGCAGAGCUGACAUCUGAUAAAGACAUGUACCUUGACAACAGCUCCAUUGAAGAAGCUUCGGGAGUGUAUCCUAUUGACGAUGAUGACUAUGCUUCUGCAUCUGGCUCAGGAGGUGAUGAGAACGUAGAGAGUCCAGAGCUGACAACAUCUCGACCACUUCCAAAGAUACCGUUCACUAGUGCUGCUCCAAAAGUGGAAACCGUAACACUGAAUGUACAGAACAAGAUGCCUGCUCAGACGAAGUCACCUGAGGAAAUUGAUAAGGAGAAAGUUCACCCCCCUGACUCAGAAAGGAAAAAGAACCGAUCUGAAGAGGAUACAAAUGUAUAUACUGAGAAACACUCAGACAAUCUGUUUAAACGAACAGAAGUCCUAGCAGCUGUCAUUGCUGGCGGAGUUAUUGGCUUUCUCUUUGCGAUUUUCCUUAUCCUGCUGUUGGUGUACCGUAUGAGGAAGAAGGAUGAAGGGAGCUAUGACCUUGGAGAACGCAAACCAUCCAGUGCUGCUUAUCAGAAGGCGCCUACUAAGGAGUUUUAUGCGUAAAACUCUGACUUAGUGUCUCUAUUUAUGAGAUCACUGAACUUUUCAAAAUAAAGCUUUUGCGUAGAAUAAUGAAGAUCUUUGUUUUUUUUUGUUUUGUUUUUUGUUUUUUGUUUUUUCAUUAAAGAGCCAUUCUGGCACUUUAAUGAUAAAAAUUCCAUUGUAUUUAAAACUUUUCAUGUAUUUCUUUAGAACAACAUAAAAUUACAAUUUAACAUCUGCAGUGUUCUGUGAAUAGCAGUGGCAAAAUAUUAUGUUAUGAAAACCCUCGAUGUUCAUGGAAUUGGUUUAAACUUUUAUGCACAAAUCCGAAAUGAUUGUUUUUAUCCGAUGGUUUGAAGGUGAAAGCCGUUUCAGUCGUGUCGGCGUGUCUCUGAUUGACCUUACCAAGCUGGUCUUACUUUGUUAAUUUAUCUGUUGUCUCCCUCUUCUCCUCUGCCCUCCCCUCUUGUGCCCUUAAAAACAAAAACAAACCCUCUGCCUUUUGUAGCUGUCAUGGUGCAAUUUGUCCUUGGGAUAAUCCAGAUAAGGGUAAUUUAGUGUAUAUGUGAUUUUCAAAUAUGUAAACUUUAACCUCCACUUUGUAUAAGUUUUUAAGUGUCAGACUAUCCAUUUUACACUUGCUUUAUUUUUCAUUACCUGUAGCUUUGGGCAGAUUUGCAACAGCAAAUUAAUGUGUAAAAUUGGAUUAUUACUACAAAACUGUUUAGUCAUAUCUAUCUAAUCAGAUCUUCUUUUCAGAGGAUUUGAUGUGAGUUAUUGACAAGCCUCAGCAAACCCAAAGAUGCUAACAGUAUUCUAAGAAGUUGCUGCAGAUUCCUUUGGCCACUGUAUUUGUUAAUUUCUUGCAAUUUGAAGGUACGAGUAGGGGUAAAGAAAAGUCAGUUUUUGUUCUUAAAAAUGCAUUUAAGUUGUAAACGUCUUUUUAAGCCUUUGAAGUGCCUAUGAUUAUAUGUAUCUUGUCGCAGACUGGUGUUAAUGAGUAUAUAUAACAGUUUAAAAAAAGUUGGUAUUUUAUAAGCACAGACAAUUCUAAUGGUAACUUUUGUAGUCUUAUGAAUAGACAUAAAUUGUAAUUUGGGAACAUAAAAACUACUGAAUAAAUCAUGUGGCCUAAUAUUGAAAAUGUCACUGUUAUAAAUUUUGUACAUUUUCGAUCAAAUGUACAUCUCCUUGGCUAACGACCGUCUGCUCUCAAGGAUGACAUGGGUUUGAUUUCUAAGUAUUCCACAGUGUCUGUAAAUCAAGACCAAAGAGCAAGUCGAUGAGGCUGUUUAUUACCAGACUCACUUCUGAAUUGGCCAGAGGAAAUCUGACUGUAUCAUCCUGUGUGUGUCUGGAUAUAGAUUUUGGAAGGCAGCCAGGGAAUUUCAGAGUUUGCAACCUUUAUAGGAUAGCUGAUGGCAAUAUUGAGACAGAUGCCUGCUUUUGCAAAUAACUUUUAAAACUAUAAAUUACAAAGAUCGGAAGGGGGCUUUCCUAAAGUCAGUAUCUAAGGCUUAGACCUAUAGAUGGUUUUACCUUUGAAAUCGGGCCCCAAAUCUUGCCUGAUGCUGAACUAAUAGAUGGGAUACGAUAGGUCACACUAUGGGGAAGGAGGGAGGGGCAGGGAGGCUGUGUGUGUUAAAUUGAGGGCCUCACUGCUUAGGCCUGAAGUGGCUGGAAAGAGUGAUACCUGAGGACGAGGCAGAGGCAUGAGGGUAUCUAGCUGGUAUUUGCUUUAUUGAACGUUUCCAUUUUCUAUUUUAUUGUUAGUUUUGUUUUAAACUGCGAGCUGCCAAAGUAGAAGGAAGACAGCAAAACCAGCAACUUUUUCAACGUGUAAUUUACUUUUAAUAAAGUAUGACUCUUUUCCUUUAGACAACAUUCCCUGGAAUUGCCACAGAAUUCAUUUUAAAAAAAUAUUUUUUUAAGCAACACUUAGAACAGUGUUUACUUAAAUUCUUAAUGGCCUUAAUUCUCAAAAGCCUGCCCCAUCACUUAUAGAAUCAAUCCACUUUAGAGUGAUUAAAAGGAAAUGAUAGCACCUUUUAAAGCCACACUAUGUCCCUCAAUUACAGAGGUUAAGAAUGUAGUGGGUAUGCCUCUAACUGUGCAAAGCAGAGUGAAAUUCAAUUCAUAGAAUAACAACUGCUUGGAAUAUCCGUGCCAGGAAAAGAAAAAUAUUCUGGCAAAUAUUUUGUCACUGCUGUAAAGCAAAAUAUUUGUUAAAGUGCCAAAAUAAAGUCUGUCAUGCCGAAAGUAAA